UAGUUUAUCCAUCAUGGCCGUCACGUCCCUACGCUUGUGUGCCGAUCGCGUUCUCCGUUAACAACGAUUAGGGUAUAAAAAUAAAAAUAAAAUAUAAAAAUAACAACAUCAACGUUUAUACAAUAAUCAUAAAAUUAAAACGACAAAUUACGACAUUGGCCUUAAGACGGAGUGCGUACUGUUCCGAUUGCCUCGUUUAUUUGUCCGUUGAUUAUGCGCUCUUCGCGAUUGUUCGACCGCUGUGCGUCGCGCGUACGUUAAGCCGUGCAGUUUUUUGUGCUUGUCCAUGGGAUCAGGCUCUGAGAAUCAUGAAGCCGUACGACAAAUCAAACUCUUUUAUGAGGAGGGUCACGAAACGCGUGUCCGCAUACAUACCCGGAAUGACGUGGAUGAAUACGUUAAUCAGCGAUGCGCAAACCGAUGACGGCCCUACGUCAGUGACCGAAAACGACGAUCAACCUCCAGUAAAGAAACUGUGCACAUCCAAUAAUUCAUUUACAAACACCAAAUACCUACCUACUAGUUCAACUGACAACCACAGGGGUUCAAAUGUGAAUGUCCUUUUACCAGAAAUAUCUGCCAUUACUUGUAUACCAAGUACAAGUAAACAAAGUCCAAAAUUUACAAGCCACUCAAGUUCUUCCUUACAAAGCCAUGAUAUUGGUAAUAGAAGUGCUCUUAAAAGGAAAUCUGAUGUGGUAGAUUCGACAAAUAUUAACAGACCAAGUUCAAAAACAGCUUUCAAUUUUGCUUCAUCAACACCUACAGUAAUUACAUCAAAUAAGCAACCAGUUACAAUUAGUUUAAAGAGAUCAUUAAAUUUAGAUAAAUCAUGUACUAGUAAUGAAUUUUUAACACCAACUUCAUCAAAAUUGAUAAGACCAAGGGAGAAUGAAUCGCUUCAACAAUCUUCACUAAAAUUUCAUGAAACAUCAACAAAUCACAUACCUUCAGCUUCAUUUAGAUGGGAUACAUUUGUUAAUUAUGGAGAAUUGUCAGAGCGUCAAAAAUUAUUUGCCCAAAAGUCACCUUUAAAUUGUUCUCAAGUUAUGUAUGGGGGCAACUCUGCACGUUCAAGUUUAUCCAAAAUUUUAGGUAAUACUCCACCAAUUCAUAGAAAAGCAGUGAUACCAAUAUCUUCUACAAAUAAUAGUGAAAUUAGAACAACCUCAUCUAUUCUCCUGGAACAUAUUUCUACUAAGAACAAAGAAAUUGAAGAAAAUAAAUUUAUUAUUCAACCUAAAGUGCAUCAAAGGCAUAAAGCAGUUCAAAAAAAUGUACCUAUUAAAGUGGAGUCUACUGUCAAAGUGGUUGAAACAACACCUGAAAAAGCUGAUUGCAAAUCUAAUGAAAUCUCAUCAAAUUAUUCUAACCGAGUUGAUUCAAAUGCAACGAGAAAACUACGAGUAAAUCUUUCAAAAAAGGGUCGUGUUCCGAAGUCUGAUGUACUGGAAAUGCCCACUGAAGUCAAUUUGCCCAAGAUUACUCUACCAAUGACAUCAUUGCCAAAUAUCAAUUUAUCAAGUUCUAUUGAUGAGGAUAAUGAAUUCACAUUCAAUCAACCAUUAACAAUAGAACAGUUUACUUCACAAUUUGCUGAGAAAACUUGUAGAAAAAAACAGAAAAUGUCUAUGAAGAAAGCACAAAAUACUAAUGUAGAGGUAAAUUGUAAAGAAUCUAGUACUGAAAUUCCUAGAUCAAAUUUUGAUAUUUCUAAUGAUGAUACCUUUGUAAAAGAAUCUACAAAAGUUUCCAUCGCCAAUAAUGAUGUUUCUAAUGAAAAUUUAAAUAAAAAUGAUAAGGUCUCAGACCUUGAUAGGUUUGUUGAUGAUAAUUCUAAAAAAACUUUAGAAAAUGCAUUGCCGUGUUCUGACUCUAAAUUAGAAUUUACUAAGUCGGGGAAUAUGGAUUCUGGCAGUUUACCGAAUAAAUUAGAAACUAAUAAUGAAAAUCAAUUAGUACCAGAAAAGUCAUUAACUAAACUAAAUAAGUGGUCUUGUGAUACUUGUUGGGUUUCAAAUGAUGCUGAUAUAUUAAAGUGUAUUGCUUGUCAAACUCCCAAGUGUGAAAAAACACAAACACCAGUAUUAAAAGUUGUUAAAUCAAGUACAUGGACUUGUGAAACUUGUUGGGUUCCCAAUAAAAAUGAAAUAGAAGUAUGUGUCGCAUGUCAAACACAAAAGCCUGGUACUACAAAGAAAACUGUGGUACAAAGUAAUACUUGGACUUGUGAUGGUUGUUGGGUAAAAAAUAAAAGUGAUUGUACCACUUGUAUUUCAUGUGGAACAGCAAAGCCUGGGUCUGCUCCAGAAAAUAAACCUUUGCCUUCAACUCAAUUUAAAUUUGGAUUAAACAACAAUACUUUUGAAAAUUCUGGUGCCAGUCAGUUUAAAUUUGGAUUUGAUAAUAGUAAAAAUACUCAACCAUCUAACCAGUUUAAAUUCGGAAGUUCUGCACUGUUUACAGGUUCUGAUAAUGCUAAAUCAGAUACUUCUGCUAAUGAAUUUAAAUUUGGUGUAGUUAAUGAUAAAACUGAUGCACCCCUUAAUACAUUUAAAUUUGGUACUGAUAGUAUAUCAAGUUUGCCAGCAAAGAAAUUAAAUGAGGAAUCAAAUAUCAGUACUAGUGAUAAUUCUGAAACACAGUUUAAAUUUGGUUUUGAAAUUAAACCAAAUCAACCUGACAGUCAGUUUAAGUUUGGGUUAAAUGCCACAACUAAUAAACCAAAUGAACAAUUUAAAUUUGGUUCAGAUAAGUUAGAGAUUGAAAAAUCUGUUCAUCAAAAUCCUGUUGUUGAUAGUAAUAUAGUUAAACAGUCUACAAAUGAAUUUAAAUCAUUGGUAAAUAAUAAAAAUGAAGAAUUAGAAAAACCAUUAGAAUUACAAAAUCAAGGUAAUAAACGUAAAGUUAAUGAUAUAAAUGAAAAUUCCAGUCCUAAAGUAUCUUUUGGUUCUGUUGCAACUAAUAUCAACAACUCAAAUUCAUUAAUUAAUGUUGGACAUAAAAAUGAAGAUUUAUCUAAGGAGAAAUUUGUAUGGGAUAAUAAAGCAAAACAAAUUGAAAAUAAACCAAUAAUGAAUUUUGGUUCAGUUCAGCCUGUUCAAUCUACUACUGAAAAUACAAAUCAGUUGGUAAAUGGUCAUUCACAUCCUAAUGAAACAUUGAAUGAAGAUCAAAAGCCAGGUUUGAUUAAGACUUCUCAGUUAUUUAGUUUUGGUUCUUUAGCAAAACAAGAUCAAAAUGUGUCCGUUGACCAAAAAAGUCCUAAGAUGUUUACAUUUGGAUCAGUCACCAAUGAUAACAAAUCAUUCGCUUCACCAAUAAUGGGUAGUAGUAGUUUUCCUAGCACUGCUCCAGUUUUUGGUGCAAGUAAUUCUAUUUUUGGAAGUGGAACCACUACAUCGACUCCAGCUACAUUGGGUUCAUCUAUACUAACACCUCAAUUUUCAUUUGGUUCAUUAGCUCCUCAGGUUCCCAACAGUUUUUUUUCUAAGUCUUCUAAUGACAAUGAUAAAAAACCAUUAGCUCCAACUUCUAAUUCAUUCAAUUCAACGAAUCUUGGAUUUUCAUUUGGUGCACAAUCUUCACCUGUAUUUAGUAUUCCCAAUGCUGGAGGACCUUUAAAAAUAUCUACAACGGAUGAAGAUCAGACUAAAUGUACAUCAAAUAGUAUAUUUAAUCAACCAAGCACGAAACAACCUGUGAAAUUAGAUCCUAAUGCACCAAUAUCAAUUAAUUUUACUGGUGGAGCUACUACUCAAUUUACUGCCAAACCAGAAACAACUGAGCCACCUACUAAAAGAAAAAUUUUAAAACCUGUUAGAAGGAUUCGGUAAAAUAUGGACAUACUGCUUGUAUAUUUUACUGUUUAUUUCCAUUUAAUUAGUUGUGCAUCAGUAAGUAGUUAUUAUUAUAUUGUUGUCCUUUUUUUUUUUUUUUUGAUAUAUAUACAUUUGUUGUAAAGUGUUGCUGAUUAA